ACCUCCACCACCGCCCGCCACCAAUCGGCUCGUUUCGCCUUCAACUCCGCCGAUGUCUCCGCGCACGCUGCCGCCACGGCCGCCGGGCCCGACGCGGCGCCUCACGAUGGCGCCCAGCCCCGGCCCCAGCACCGGCGCGGUGCCCGCCUCCAAGCGCCGCCUCGACUUCCCCCAGGCAGCCGCCGCGGCCACGCCCCCGCGCUCGGCCAAGCGCCGCCGCCCCGCCAACCUCUUCGCGGCGGAGGACCUGGUCCAGCUGGUCGGCAGCAUCCGCCGCGACCUCGCCCGAGUCCACGCGGGCACGCCCUCCGCCUCCACUCGCAGCCUCCUCCCCCGCUCCCCGGCCACACCGAUGAGCAGGAGCGGCAGCCACCUCCUCCUCCGCUCCCCGGCCACCCCGAAGAGCACCAACACCCGCCUCCUCCUCCAUUCCCCGGCCACCCCGAGGAGCGCCGCCCGCCGCCUCCGCGUCCCCACCGCCGCAGCGCGACAGGAGCGCCCGGUCGAGGCGGUCGCGCGCAUCCGCACCCUCGCCGACGGCGGCGCGGAGUCCGCUCUGGAGGUCGUCGGCAGCGGGACGUCGGUGCGCGUGCGCCACACCGGCGCGUGCCGCGAGUUCGCGCUCGACGGCGUGUCGGCGUCGGCGGACGAGGGCCUGGAGGCCUUCUACGCCCGGUUCGUGCGGCCGAGGGUCGAGGGCGUGCGCGCGGGCGCCAAGUGCACCGUCAUGGUCUACGGGCCCACGGGCUCCGGGAAGAGCCACACUAUGUUCGGCUCGGACGAGCAGCCCGGCGUCGUGUACCGCGCGCUCACGGACGUCCUAGAGGGAGGCGGCGACGGCGACGGCGAGAGCCUCGUGAGGGUCUCCGUGCUCGAGAUCUACAAUGAGCAGGUCUACGAUCUGCUCGCCGGCAGCGGAGGAGCCAAUCCCAAGGUAAGGCUAGAACUGAUGGGAACAAGAGCCAAGAAUGCAACAUAUAUAUCUGGAAAUGAAGCAGGGAAGCUAUCAAGAGAAGUCGCCGAAGUGGAGAAGCGGCGUGCUGUGAAGGGCACGAGCUGUAACGCGAGGAGUUCGCGGAGCCACUGCAUGAUAGUCUUGGAUGUGCCGUCGGUGGGAGGAAGGCUCAUGCUUGUGGACAUGGCAGGCUCUGAGAACAUAGAAGCUGCAGGCCAAACUGGACAUGAAGCCAAAUCUGAGACGGGAAGAAUUAAUCAAGGGAACACGACGCUGAAGCGGGUGGUUGAGUCGAUUGCCAACGGUGACUCACAUGUCCCAUUCCGGGACAGCAAGCUCACAAUGCUACUACGGGACUCAUUCGAUGACGAGGGAUCCAAAAUCCUCAUGAUCCUGUGUGCAAGCCCUGACCCAAAGGACCUCCACAAGACGAUCUCCACCCUGGAGUAUGGAGCCCGAGCGAAAUGCACCCGUGCAGCAGCUCACGCCUCGACGCCGUCGGGCAAGAUAAGCUCCAAAGACGCCAGGUACGAGAUGCGGUUGAAGGACGAGGAGAUUGCACGUCUGAGGAUGAAGGUCAGGUUGAUGGAAGCAGCCGCGAAGGAGGAAGAGAUCCGCGUGAAGGCCGUAGAUGAGGAGACCCGGGUACUGAGAAGUGAGAUGAGGAUGAUGGAAGAGAAUAUGCUUAUGCAGCACCAGGAGCUCCUUGCUGUGAAGCAGUGGCUGCAGCAGGUGGAGCGCGAGAAGCUCGACGUGGAGGAUGAGUCGCACCUGGCCUGGAGGGUCAUGAUGAAACUUGCAGUCUACUUGCAAAACCUGGGCAGCCCACUUGAGUGAUGGAGAGGUCUAACUGUCUAGGAAGCUCUGUUGCUUUCAGUGUUCUUUCUGGUAGGGUUGUUUCUUUUGGGUGGUGCUUCAGGACAUCUAGGAGAAGAUGUGAGUAGUUGACUGUUGCUAUAUCUACCUUAUUUUGGGUUCAACAACAUGC